GCCCGGCCCGGUUUUGGGGAGCCCCGUUAUUUGAAAGUCGGCUACGUGGACGACGUGCAGUUCGUGCGCUUCGACAGCGACGCGGAGAAUCCGAGGAUGGAGCCGCGGGCGCCGUGGGUGCAGCGGGAGGGGCCGGAGUAUUGGGAGAGGAACACGCGGAUCGCCAAGGGCAACGCGCAGAAUGACCGAGUGAACCUGAGGACCCUGCUCGGCUACUACAACCAGAGCAAGGGCGGCUCUCACACCUUCCAGCGGAUGUCUGGCUGUCACAUGGGGUCGGACGGGCGCCUCCUCCGUGGGUAUGAUCAGUUCGCCUACGAUGGCGAUGAUUACAUCGCCAUGAACGACGACCUGAGGACGUGGACUGCAGCAGACAUGGCAGCACAGAUCACCCUGCGCAAGUGGGAGCAGGCUGGUGUUGCACUGCAUCAAAGGGCCUACCUGGAGGGCGAGUGCCUGGAGUGGCUCAGCAGACACCUGGAGCACGGGAAGGACCAGCUGCUGCGCACAGACCCUCCAAAGACACAUGUGACCCAUCACCCCAGACCUGAAGGUAAAGUCACCCUGAAGUGCUGGGCCCUGGGAUUCUACCCUGCUGACAUCACCCUGACCUGGAUGAAGGAUGAGGAGGAACUGACACAGUACAUGGAGCUGGUGGAGACCAGACCUUCUGGGGAUGGAACCUUCCAGAAGUGGGCAGCUGUGGAGGUGCCUGUUGGAGAGGAGCAGAAAUACACAUGCCAUGUGGAGCAUGAGGGGCUGCCUGAGCCCCUCACCCUGAGAUGGGAGCCUCCUCAGUCAACCAUCACCAUCAUGACCAUUGCUGGUGCUGUCCUCGGAGCUGUGAUCUUAGUUUGUAUCAUUGGAGGUGUUAUGAUGUGGAUGAAAAAGAACUCAGGUGGAGAAGGAGUCUUUGCCCCUGCUGCAUGUCAACAGGACCAGUGCCCAGAGGUCUGACUUGUGUCUGGAGGCUUGAAAAGGUGACACCCUGGAGGCCUGGGAUUGGAGCUGAGGCAAGGAGUAAAGGACGGAGUCCCAAGGCCUCUGGCACUUAGACCUUUCAGUGACUGGUGAGCCUUUGAGAGACCUUUAUAUUGACUUUCGUGACACAAGUGAGACUGAGUGACCAAUUCUGCCUUAAGAACCAGUGAAUUCUCUUUAGAUGUCAAUGUCUGAGUUUCUUCUGUUCAUACAAUGAGAAAUAUGGGGAACCCAACCCACCCUGGCACACCAGGAUCCUGACCCUGCUCCCUUCCACAGCCAACCUUCCUGAUCCACACAGACAGGAGAAAACAACUCCAUCCUGUCACCUCCCUGCUGCCAUGAACCACAGGCCUUGGCUUCCCCACAGAAAAUAAAAAUCUGAAUAUGAAUUUGAUGAUUCAUGUGCUUGACCUGAGAGAUUAUCAUUUCAAAUUAAAGGCAAGAAUUCUCAAAGUGUGAUGGAGAAAAUAAAUGCCAGCAUGGAGAACCUUC